AUGACAAAGACCAAUUCCUAUCGAUAUAAUCUUGGCUCUUUUCAUAGAAAGAUCACCACAUGCAGCCCGGAAGCCCAGACUUGGUUUGAUCGCGGCUUGGUGUGGAGCUACGCAUUUCAUCACGAGGAGUCCGCCCGGUGCUUCGAGCGAGCUAUUGAGAAAGAUGCAGGAUGCGCCAUGGCUUACUGGGGCCUUGCCUUUGUGCUCGGUCCGAAUUAUAACAAGCCUUGGGACUUGUUCGACGAAAAAGAGCUGAAGGCGACAUUGGGAAGGAUCAACAAUGCAAAUAUCAAGGCCAAGCAAUACGCAUCCAAGGCCACGGAACUCGAGAGGGCGUUGAUCGACGCAAUUCAGGUACGCGUGCCAAAAGAUCUCAACGAAGCUGCAUUUGUUGCAUGCAACAGGGAGUACGCAGAGGCCAUGAAGGUUGUUCAUGAGCGUUUCUCUGAUGACCUUGACAUUGCGUCUCUCUAUGCAGAUUCUCUCGUCUGCCUCUCUGCAUGGGAUCUAUGGGAUCUCAAGACCGGUGAACCAACUCCUGGAGCUCGUUCACUAGAGGCCAAGGCGGUCCUGGAAAAGGCACUACAAGAUAGUCGCUCACAUGAGCAUCCGGGAAUCCCGCACUUGUACAUACAUCUCAUGGAGAUGUCCAAGACACCGGAAGCAGCACUGGUUUGCGCAGAUCGCCUACGAAAACUUAAUCCAGACGCCGGACACUUGGUCCAUAUGCCAUCCCAUCUGGACAUCCUGGUCGGUGACUACCGAAGAGCUAUAGACUCCAAUGCGGACGCGUGUCUCGCUGACGAAAAGUACGUCGCUGAACAUGGAUCCACGAGCUUUUAUAUGUUCUACAUGAUGCACAAUUACCAUUCGCUCAUUUAUGCAGCCAUGUUUGCUGGACAGUCCAAGGUUGCACUAGAUACGGUCGAACGGAUGGAGGCCUCGCUGCCUGUAUCGUUACUACGCGUCGAAAGCCCGCCAAUGGCGGAUUGGCUCGAGAACUUUGCUUCAGUUCGCAUUCAUGUACUGGUCCGCUUUGGGCGAUGGGACGAUCUUAUCCAGCUCGAGAUGCCUCAUGAUAAGGAAUUGCAUUGCGUGACAACAGCGAUGAUACAUUAUGGGAAAGGCGUGGCAUAUGCAGCUACUGGCAAGAUUGAGAACGCAGAAAAGGAACGUGCCGACCUGGGCGCUGCGGUGGAGCGGAUCCCAGCAUCCCGCAUCUGUGGAGACUUCCCAAAUCGAGCUUCAGUCGUUCUUCAGGUUGGUAUAGCAAUGUUGGACGGGGAGCUCGAGUACCGCAAAGGCAAUUACGAGCUGGCUUUCAAGCACCUUGAAACAGCCAUUGAGUUGGACGAUAAACUUACUUACGCUGAGCCAUGGCCCUGGAUGCAGCCAACAAGACAUGCCUAUGCAGCGUUGUUGAUGGAACAGGGCCGAAUAGAAGAAGCGGGAGCGGCCUACAAGGCUGAUCUGGGGUUUGAUGAUACUCCCCCUUUGCUCGCUGCAUGUGUUGCUUGUCAUGAACCUUACGUACAUGCCGGAGCUGCAUCCUUGGGCGAUCAGAGGCGAAAGGAGUGCCGUGUGGCAGCGCUACUCAAUCGUGCCGUCCCCAAGUGCACUGCUGGGCACUCUUACGAGUCGUGGUCCGUCGCCCAACUAUCCACAGAUUCCAUGCCUCGGCACAUGAUAUGCGAGUUUCACGACUCUCGGUUAGCCCUACACCGUAGCGUGGUCGCCGAUGUACGAGGUAUCCCUGUCUUUUCCACGCUGCCUAACUACCAAAACAGUGCUAGCGCCCCUUCGCUUACAAACUUCUGGGCGGAGAUUCUAUCCCAACACAGUGUCGACGGCCAUGCAGACUCGCGCCAGUCGUACGCGAUAUGA